AUGCUCCUAACCCCAGCCGCCCUCGUCAUCACCUACCCGCACGCGGGCGCGACGUGGUUCACCAACGGCAGCGUGACCCUCAACUACACCGGCGGCGAGGGCGACCCGCAGCACUGGACGGUGCUGCUGACGAACGAGGACCAGGAGCUCCUCUCAGGCCCUCAGCAGAUCCUGCAGCAGCUCAACCUCACCAACGGGUUUGUCAACAUCCUCCUCCCCCAGGUCCGCGAGGGCGACGGGUACAUUGUGCAGUUUGCCAACGAGACGAACCAGACGGACAUCUUCGCCAAGUCGGAGGCCUUCCGCAUCGAGCACGGAAAGCUCCCCAACACCACCACUGGCUCUGCCGCCCCGAGCUCGACGUCGAGCUCUGUCCACGUCCCCAUGGGCAGCAAGACUAGCACGAGCAGCGGAAACCCCUUCGCUACCUCGUCUACCGCCGCGGGCGACAAGAGCGGAGCCGGCGCUAUCGCCCCCGCUGUGGGCGGUGCGGCUGCUGUCGCCGCGGCUGUUCUGGCGCUCUUCUAA